AUGGUCAACUCCUGUUGUGGUUCUGUCUGUUCUGACCAGGGCUGUGGCCAAGGCCUCUGCCAGGAGACUUGCUGCCAACCCAGCUGCAGUGUGUCUGGCUGCUGCCGCCCAUCCUGCAGUCAGACAACCUGCUGCCAGACCACCUGCCGCCCCAGCUGUGGUGUGUCCAGCUGCUGCCGCCCAGUCUGCUGCCAGACCAUCUGCCGCCCCAGCUGUGGUGUGUCCAGCUGCUGCCGCCCUGUCUGCUGCCAGACCACCUGCCGCCCCAGCUGUGGUGUGUCCAGCUGCUGCCGCCCAGUCUGCUGCCAGACCACCUGCCGCCCUAGCUGUGGUGUGUCCAGCUGCUGUCGCCCAGUCUGCUGCCAGACCACCUGCCGCCCUAGCUGUGGUGUGUCCAGCUGCUGUCGCCCAGUCUGCUGCCAGACCACCUGCUGCCGUACAACUUGCUGUCGCCCCAGCUGCUCUUUUUAAACCCUAAACACCUGCUGGUACCCCAGCUGCUGUGUGUCCAACUGCUGCAGGCCCGAAUGCUGCUAG